AAUAGAAUUGUGACAGAACCACAACCACUGCAACCAUACAGUAGCUACUGCUGUUCUGUUGGUAGGUUCUAGGUUAUGUUUACAUUUAUUAACAAGAACUGAAGAAUAUGAAACUGUAAUAUCAUCAAAUAUGAAAUUGGACAAAAUCUGUAGGACAUGUUUAGCAGAAAAAACACCUCUAAACUCAAUAUUCAACGCAUGUUUGCCUAACAUGUUAAUGACGAUUGCUUCUGUUCAGGUGCUUGAUGGAGACGGUUUACCCAACCAGAUAUGUAUCCAAUGUUUACAAAUGAUUAAUCGUGCAUACACAUUUAAGCAGCAGUGCGAAAAAUCGGAUGCCACACUACGCGAAUAUGUAAACAAAUUUAAUUUUCAGAAUAUCAGCCUGAGUAGCGAUCACAAUCUUAUGUGCAAUGUGAAAAAUGACCAGUUUUUCGGAAAUAGUGAAGUCUUACAGCAAACUUCGCUUUUUACUGAAAUAUUUGGAGAUGACACAACACAUUCUUUGGUGGACAAUUUUGCAUCUACAGGUUCGAAUACAGUUGUGUCAGAUUUUGCAGAUACAAUGCAAAGCUUGCAGACUAUUGCAGAGCAAUGUCUACCUGAAGCUUGGGAGAACGAUAACUUAAUUGCAACACAUAGCAGCUCUGAAGAAACAACGUGUCAUAGUUUAAACUUGGAACCGUACUUGAAAUGUCAGUUCUGUGAACUUUCCUAUAGCGACGAGUGGAGUUUGGCUGAGCACAUCAAGCUACACACUGGACAGUCUAAGCACCUUUGCACUUUGUGUAGCAAGGCAUUUACAACUUCAUCUGCACUUACUAAACACAUUUCCACUCAUAAUCUCUUGACAAAUUCUGUUGAUCAGAGCAAAAUUCUAGCAUGUGAUAUCUGUGGAAAAGGGUGCAGUAGCACAGCUUUGUUAAAGGCACACAUGAAGGAGUCACAUGCCAACAUUAAAAAUGCGGAGAAGAGUUAUGUAUGUCAAAUCUGUGAUAAGCGCUAUUCGCAGAAUAAGUUUUUGGUAUUGCAUUUACGGUCUCAUACUGGUGAACGACCGCUUCAUUGUGGAACCUGUGGCAAGAGCUUUUCAUUGCCGAGCUCGCUGCAUAAACACAGGCUGGUUCAUAAUCAUGAGAGGAAAUUUAGCUGCACCUUGUGUGGGAAAUCGUUUAAGCAAAUGUCUAAUUUGACUGUUCACAUGCGUAGUCACACAGGAGCCAAGUCUUUUGUGUGUACUAUUUGUGGUAAAGGGUGUGCCACAAAUGUGAACCUGAGCAUACAUAUGCGCUUACAUACAGGUGAAAAACCGUAUAUGUGCAGCCAAUGUGAUGCUGCUUUCCCUACUAGCACUCAGUUAAAAAAACACUUCAUGCGUCACACUGGCGAAAAGCCAUACAAAUGCUGGCAAUGUGGAAAAGCAUUUCGUCAAAAAGACACGCGUGAUACCCACGUGCGGUAUCAUACCGGUGAAAGGCCUUUUGCAUGUCACUUAUGUUCUAAGAGAUACAUAGCUGCAAGCCACCUGAGGAUUCACAUGAAAGGACACACUGGUGAUCGUAAAUACCAAUGCAACCUGUGCCCAAAGUCAUUCAUACAAUCUCGUACUUUAAAAACUCAUUUAGAAACACAUAACAAUGAAAAAGUCUAUUUGUGUAGUUACUGUGGUCUAACUUUUACCACCAAAACUUUGCUAAACAAACAUAAGAAAAUCUGUGGCAUUUCUCUGUAGUCCAUAACUUAAUAAAUUCCUUAUUGUUGAAUGUUUA